UCCUUCAGCUAUGGCUCAGUCCUUUUCUUUUCUAGUGUGCUUGGGUGGAGGGGCCUUCACUGGGGGUGUUAGGACCAUAGUGAGGGAAGGAGUUUUAUCUAUUUUUUUUAUUGGCCACUAUUUUAGCUGCUGUAUCUGCUAGUUGGCUCCCCUGUGUUACAGGGUUGUUUUCCUUUUGAUGUUCUACGCAAUGCAGAAUUGCUACUUUUUUAUGUAUGAAGAGAUUGAAGGGCUUUUUUUAUAUCUGGCAGGCCUAGGGCUGGUGCCUGUUCUGAAGCAGCUUUUAUUUCCAGGGAAGGUGGUUCUUGCCUCUUUUGUCCAGGCAGGGGGCUUUCAGUAUGGCCCCCCCCAAGGAGGCUGUAGAGGAGUCUUGCCAUUGCUGACAAUCCAGGAAUCCAGAUUCUGUAGAACCUGGUGGCCCCCAGGAACUCUUGUAUGCCCUUCUUCAUCUGGAGCUGCGAAAGAAGAAAAUAUCCGUUGCUUAACUAUGCUUAAUCAUUUUGGUUUUGAUUGCUUGCCUCAUCAGUUAGCCAAGAAAUCUAUUCAACAAGGAUUCUAUUUUAAUAUUCUCUGUGUGGGGGAAACAGGAAUUGGAAAAUCAACACUGAUUGAGACAUUGUUUAAUACUAUUUUGAAAGAUAAAAAAUCCUCACAUUUUUACUCAAAGGUUGGACUUAAAAUUCAGACAUAUGAUCUUCAGGAAAGCAAUGUUCAGUUGAAAUUAACUGUUGUUGAAACAGUGGGAUAUGGUGACCAAAUAAACAAAGACUCCAGUUUAAUGUUUUUCAGCUACCAACCAAUAGUUGACUACAUAGAUUCCCAGUUUGAAGCCUAUCUUCAAGAAGAAUUGAAAAUUAAACGUUCCUUCACUGACUACCAUGAUUCUCGUGUACAUGUAUGCCUUUACUUCAUUUCACCUACAGGACAUUCUCUGAAGUCCCUUGAUCUGUUGACCAUGAAGAACAUUGACAGUAAGGUGAACAUUAUACCACUGAUUGCCAAAGCAGAUACAAUUUCUAAAAAUGAUUUACAGCAAUUUAAGUGUAAGAUAAUGACUGAAUUGGUUAAUAAUGGCAUCCAGAUAUACAAGUUCCCAACAGAAGAUGGAACUACUGCUCAAGUGAACUCUUCAAAGAAUGAACACUUACCUUUUGCUGUAGUUGGGAGUAUGGAUGAGGUAAAAGUUGGAAAAAGGAUGGUCAGAGGUCGUCAGUAUCCUUGGGGAGUUUUACAAGUGGAAAAUGAAAAUCACUGUGACUUUGUUAAUCUCCGGGAUGUGCUUCUUUAUACAAAUAUGGAAGACCUGAAAGAACAAACCCAUAUUCAGCAUUAUGAAUGUUACAGGUGCUACAGACUGCAGGAAAUGGGCUUUACUGAUGUGGCUCCAGAUAACCAGACAGUUAGUUUUCGAGAGAUCUGUGAAGCCAAAAGAUGGGAGUUCUAUGAUCAAUGUCAGAAGGAAGAAGAAGAGUUGAAACAGAAAUUUAUGCAGCGAGUAAAGGAGAAAGAAACAACAUUUAAAGAAGCUGAAAAAGAGCUAAUGGACAAGUUUGAGCAUCUUAAAAGAGUCCAACAAGAGAAGACAACGAAACUUGAGAAGAAGAGAAGACAACUGGAAGAAGAAAUAAUGCAUUUUCAUAAAAUGAAGGCUGCCUCUGAAACACUGCAGACUCAAAUCUGCUCAAAUAUAAAGAAGAGUAAAGAUCAGAAGAAAUAGUCCUCUCUUACCAUUUUGUGUGAUGCCAAUAUUUCCAUUUUGCUCUGUUAGUCUUUGAUCCUAUCUUCCUAUGAGAUUGCCUUCAUAGCACUAGAAGCUCUACUACUAUUUAAAAUGCUUUCUUAUUGCAUAUUCUCUUAAAAUAGAAUGUGAUCUCCUUGAGAGAAGGUAAUUUUAGAUGCUAUAUCCUCAGUAUUCAUAGCAGAAGCUAGCACAGAGAUGGCAUUCAAUAAAUAUUUUAUAAGAUAAAAAAGAAAUAUGUAUAACAGUGCACAAAAUCUUGAUUUUUUUAUUUAACCCUGACUGUGGCUCCAGCACACAGGUAUGAUUUUUUUUCUAAUCUAAAUACAUGUAGGUGAUUUGUCAGGAAGUCAUAGGCAUAAAAUAUUAUGGUAUAAUGUCAGGGAAGAGUAUAAAACCUAAAUGUAAUUUAUUCCCACUAGGAUGUUUCAACAUUUUUAACAGUAAGGUAUUAACAAAGUGCCACGUGGUGAAAGUUGCUUGGGCCAAGUGGGGGUGGGGGAAUUGAUGUGGGUCUGGUGAUACCUGUUUGAGCUUCUCUAAACCUACCAAUAAGGUUAAGACAAAUGUAAAGGAAAGAUAUAACGGGCUUAGGAGACAUCUGGGGAAGAAUGUGAACCCUGUAGUACUCAGCCAAUGAGGAACCAGGGGAGGGACUCAAGCACUAGGAAAUAAAUUACUGGUGCCUAACUCCCCAAGUGUGCCUGCCCACCAGACACCCGAUCUUGCAAGACCAUCAUUAAAGCCUUGCUCCACUGUUCUCUUGGUCUCCAUGUCCACUUAUUGAAUUUGGACCAGUGAGUGUGUUUCUCACAUAUAACAAACAAUUUCUUAGGGCUAAUUUCCCUUAUCAAAUUCUACUGAUAGUGAUUUAUUGAUAGUUUUUAUUAUUAUCAAAGAUUGAGUUUUUAUUAGAACUCCUAUACCUUAUUGUUAUACCUUGUAAAACUAAUAUUGGAAUAAAAACUUCAGAAGUUAGAUAGAGUCAGAGAACAAUGGGAAACCAUGAGCAAUAUUUAGAUAAUAAUAGUAUGUCUUACAAUUUUGGAUAUAUGUUAAAACUAAAUUUAUCAUUUUAGAAAAUAAGGUGGAUUGUUUUUUGCCAUUUCAAAAUUUCCUUCUGAAUAUACAUCCUGAAAUUUCUGCAUUUACAAUGUCAGGACACCUGUUUGUGUGGCUGACCUUCACCAUGAUCCAUUCUAUUAAAAUGCUACCAUGGAGCAUUUUUGUUUAUUCCAAAAACAUCUGGAAUAGUGAACAGAUAUUUCCUGUUCCUAAACAAUGUUUAUCUCUGUUGUAAUUUUAUCACUGCAUUCAUUUCAAAGACAGCAUUUUUUUCUGUGUAUCAGAAUAUUGUAAUUUAGUCUCAAAAUUUUUGUGAACAUAUAAUCUCUGAUUAUAAUACUUCUUGAAAAAGUUUGAAAUUUUGGGGACAUGGACGUAUAUCCAGUGUUUUCUAUAUAUGUUAUUAAAUCAUCUUACAUAUUUUAUAGUUUUGGGAAAUAAAUAAGGCUAUUGUAUGAAAUUUCAUGUAAGCUACAUGGACUAGAAUCUUUUUCUUAGGGUUAGAACAGUGCCUGGCACUUAGUGGCAACUGUUCAUUCAAUAAAUAAACACAAUAAUAGCACAUUAACCAUAUUCAUUCAAUAAAAUAAUAAUAUUACAUGAACAAUAUUACAUGCAUAGAUGGUUUAGUUUAGAUUUUUGACUUUUAGAAGAUAAUUAAUAUAACUUGUUUCUGCUUUUCAACAUGCUACUGAGUUAUCCUGCUAAGGGACAUUCAUCUUAUUUUUCUACAGUAGUCUUAUUAAACUGAAGUCACCAAUAAUUAUAACAUAUAAUAAACAAAAUUAAUUGUAAAGAUCACUCUUGAAUAUGAUAAUGAAGUUUUGGGGUAACUAUGUCACAAUCCAUAUUUUUCUCCAUUUAAUUAUUUUUAGUUUUUAUUG